UGUUGGCCCGCUUUGAGGGGCUCAUCGCCAAUCGAUGAGAGCAAGGGGAACAAAACAAAAAGAUCGAUGAAAAGGGAAGCAAUGCGCUUUCUGUUGCAGUGAUUUUGAUUCAUCCUUCUCUGGCCUCUCCAUCAUCGUCUUGGCUUCAAAAGACUCCAACCCGCCCACCUUUGUCUCAUCUGCUUACUGUACCAUACAACCUUGUGCAGCCCGACGAUCAAUUUGAUUCCGGCACAACGGUCGACGUUGCAGAAUGAGCGAAUAAACCUGCGUGGAAUCACUGGCUGCCAAUUCGAUAGCCCGCCCUGUGGCUAUUUUGACUUUGUCUGCUUAACUCUAGUCAACACGGCAAGCGACUGGCACAUCUGGGUUCUUCCCUUCGCAUACGUAGGCAAGUUGGGCAAGCCCUCUCAGCCAUGAGCCUCGUCCCGAAGUCGCCGCAGGAGACAGCGGUAGUUACUGUGACACCCUCCGCCGUAACUGUCAUCAAUCCACCCUCCACCGGCACCACUGUGGUCACGACGGUCACACCUACAAUUAGCAGUGCUACUCAUAAUCCGUCCGGUACGGCCUCGGUGGCCCCGGUAGCCUCGGGACCAGAUGGCGGAGGUCUGGGAAGCGGUGCGGUAGCCGGUGUCGCCAUCGGCUGCAUAAUCGCCGGCAUCGCUAUAGGUGCGAUAGCCGCAAUUUGGUUUCUGCGUCGGAGACAGAGGAGCGUGGGCCCGGAGGAGACUCAGUACAUGCUUUCCAACACAGCUGGCGGCCUUUACGACCCCAAGGAUCCCAUGGGCGCCGUGAUGGCAGCCGAUCCCUUCCGCCUGGACCAGAUUCUACCCCCUCCGCUGCCGGACGAGGUCAUAUCAGCUGAGCUGCAGAACCUUAGCAGUAUCAUCCAACAACACGUUGUGGAAAAUUACCACAGGGAGCUUGUGCCCGUGGACCAAAAUGCUCUUCAUCGGGCGUUGCACGACUUGGGGCUGGGCAACGAUUCGGCGAUACCCCCUGGGCAGCUGGUUAUCCUGGCAGUCAGUCCGCAGGGGAGGAUUACGGCCUUGCAACAUAUCAUUGCGCGCGCAGCGACUGCGAGCGUUGUGUUGAGCUCGACAGCUCGCCAUUCACUCCUGCCUUUGUCCAUGUCUGCCUUUAUGCGUGAAGUGGCACCUACUGAGAGAGACAGAGGUAGUGCUAAAGCUGUCUCGGCUGCGUUUGCGCGCUGGCGUCAAAUAUCGACCUUCCUCAUCAACCCGAACAGAAGCGACAGAGCCCCUCUGCAACCGACGGAAGCCAUGACGGGCCAGAAGGCUCGGGAGCUUGUGGCGGCUCUUGACGUGCUUCUUGGUCCCUUCGUCGACCACAACCAAGUUGAGCCGCACAUCCAGCAAGGACAGCUAUACGAUGUGGUUAUGAAGGUGGCACAGUUCGGAUACAUGCUCAUAUCGCAGCCUGGCGAGUUCCGUCUACGGUGGGAUGCAGGUUCGCCCAUGACAGCAGGAAGCGACGUCGUUGUCGUCUGUCCAGGCUUGGAUAAAAUUAGCGACGAGCACAGUAACAGGUACAGCCCGUCGAGGACGUUGUUAGCGCCAAUGACUGAGAUUAGCGCCUACCCAGCACUGCCCAGCUCACGAGGGCUCGCGCCGCCGAGGCCAUCAUCGGCAAACUCGAUGAGUCCGACCAUCUUCAAUGUGGGAGUUCCAGAGAGGCCACAGGUGACCGAGUCCGCUGGACGUCGCAAUAAUCGUGCCAGCUGGGGGAUCUUUCUGAAUCCGAAGAAGGCAGCAUCCAAGUCGCCUCAGAACCGUGAUCUGGGGGAUUCAGACGUGGCAGACAUGGACAGAAUGACGGCCAGAGUCGAGGCAAGACUCAGUGCCAUACACGGUGACAAGGUCGACUUCUUCCGGAGGGGAAGGGCCGGCCGUCCGUCACCUCGGGCGGUAUCAUCGGAGAGUUGGGACAGCGACGCUUCACCUCAAGCGGAUAGACACACAUUCACGCCGACAAUUAAUACUCCGGUAGAGCGAGGCAGGCAACAAAACCGUCACACCGUGUACCUGGACAUGACAUAUGGCAGCAAGACAAUAGGAAACGGGCUCCUGUUGAGACACGAGCCAAGCGAGCAAGGACGGAUUGUAACCCAACAGCCCGCCGUGACACCGAGAGCUGUCUCGGACUCGGCGGUCACCAUCACUUGCACGGGACCGACGCCUAGCUACACCAAUGACAGCCUCAGCCGAUCGGAGACGUCUGCGGCGAUGUUGCCAGUGCCAAGUAUUCCUCCGGCACAGAGACGCUCGCAGUUCCUGGAUCCCGCUCUCUUGUUCUUUGUUCCACAGAGCAAGCCAGUGACGCGUCCUAACCUUGUUACUAAGGCUAGCAGCGUUGGCUAUCAGGAAGAUACUACCUCGCCCGUGGGUACCACACUGUGCGUGCAACCUAUCACAAAAGAUCCCCCCGGGGCUUUUGAGCUUGAGGCCACACCCAUCAGUCCCUGCGGAUCAGAUCCGCGGAGCAAGUCAUCAUCUACCACCGUUUCCCCUCUGGAGAACGAAUCCGGGGAUACCCUUCCAGAGCUGACCGUUGCGGGACCAACGGAGAGCAAGGAUGCCGAUACGGGGAGAGGCGGCGUACCAGGCGUCGGCCUUGAUCAGCCUUCGGCGCCACCGUCGAUUUGCUCAGCCGACGAACACACCCUGGUGGAAGAAGAGGCAGCGACAGAGCCGGUAAUUGGGCUCGGCGUCAAUAACGAGUCGAGACCAGGCAAGCCAGAAGCCGAGUAUCACAACGCCAUCAAGGCUAGGAUCAUGAUGAACAGUCCGACGGGCAACACGGCAUGCGACGCAUGGCUAGUGCGAUCUCGCAUGUUCCAGCUGGAUGGUUCGCCCAUUGUGGCCAGUUCGCCUGUGCACGAGGCGGAUAGGUUCCUGUCGCCGGUGCUGGCCUACUAA